CACGUGAGGCAGGGGGCAGCUUAAUAUUGCACAGACCGAACACAGGGAUCCACUCUUCCCUACUACAGGGGUGCAGUGCAUGACCACCUUUUUGCCAGUCCUCAGGGAGCGUUUCUCUUCAAGAGCGUCAUCAUGCCUAAAGUCUUAGUGCCAGAGGGAGGUCCACAGAAGACCGAUGACAAGAUGCGAGCCUUCGCGGAGAGUGUCUUCGCAUCGGAGACCAAAGAUGAAAAUGUCCGUGAUGAGAUUUCCAUGUUUGAUGUGGCUGAAGACUGUCCCAUCAUCCAUCAUGAGAUGGCCCACCAUCUGCACACGAAGGACAAUGCUGAGAAACGCAAGAAGCACCACCGUUGCUUAGCCAUGGCUGUGCCCAAAGCUGGUGUUGCUCAUGCAGCUGCAACCCCUGUAGUGUCAGUGGAAGUGGACACUCCCACCUACCUGGAAGUGCCCGACUUCCAGAGAGUGGCCAUCAUAGGAGACUAUGCCUCCGGGGUGACCAUGGAUGACUUUGAGUUGUCCUGUAAGGGUAUUUACCGUGCCUUAGCCAUCAGGGAGAAGUACAUGAGACUGGCCUAUCAGCGCUUCCCAUGCACGACCUCCCAGUACCUGCGUGAGAUCGAGGGAGAGAGCUUCAAACCUGAGGAUCAGGUGCAGCCACUCUUCACGUCUCCUCCAAAGGAUGGGGAAGACCCCUUUGAUACCAAGGACCUGCCGAAGAAUCUGGGCUAUGUUGCUCGUAUGAAGGACGGUGUUAUGUACGUGUACAACGACGCGGCAGCUGCUGACAAACAUCAGCCCAAAGACCUGCCCUGUCCUGACUACCUCACCUUCAUCGAUGACAUGAACUUCCUCAUUGCGCUCAUUGCACAGGGCCCAACUAAGACUUACACUCACCGCCGUCUCAAGUUCCUCAUGUCGAAGUUCAACGUACAUGAGAUGCUGAAUGACAUGGAGGAGCUGAAGGAGCUGAAGAUAAACCCCCACAGGGAUUUCUACAACUGCAGGAAGGUUGACACCCACAUCCACGCCGCUGCCUGCAUGAAUCAGAAGCACCUGCUGCGCUUCAUUAAGAGGUCUUACCGCGUGGACGCCGAGCGCGUCGUGCACAGCCUUAAAGGUCGAGAGGUCACCAUGAAGGAGCUGUUCGAGUCUCUCAACCUGCAUCCCUAUGACCUCACUGUGGACUCACUGGAUGUGCACGCUGGGAGACAAACUUUCCAGCGCUUUGAUAAAUUCAACGCCAAGUACAACCCGGUGGGAGCGAGCGAACUGCGUGACCUCUACCUGAAGACAGAGAACCACAUCAGUGGAGAAUACUUCGCCACCAUUAUCAAAGAAGUAGCCAGUGACCUUGAGGAUGCCAAGUACCAGUACGCCGAGCCUCGUCUGUCCAUCUAUGGCAGUAACCCCAUUGAGUGGACCAAGCUCUCAAGCUGGUUUGUCAAGCACAGAGUCUUCUCACCGAACCUCAAAUGGAUGAUUCAAGUGCCCAGGAUCUAUGACAUUUUCAGAGGCAGGGACUUUGUGCCCCACUUCGGCAAGAUGUUGGAGAACAUUUUCCUUCCCGUGUUCCAGGCCACCAUCGACCCACAGUCCAACCCUGAGCUCAGCAUCUUCCUCAAACAUGUGACAGGUUUUGACAGUGUGGACGAUGAGUCCAAACACAGUGGUCACAUGUUCUCCAGCAAGAGCCCCAAACCAGAGGAGUGGGACAUCGCCAAGAACCCCUCCUAUACCUACUACAUUUACUACAUGUAUGCAAACAUCGCUGUGCUCAACCAGCUCCGCAUGCAGAGGGGAAUGAACACGUUCAUGUUCAGGCCUCACUGCGGUGAGGCUGGUGCCAUCACCCAUCUGCUGGCUGCCUUCAUGACUGCUGACAACAUCUCCCACGGCCUCAACCUCAAGAAGAGCCCCGUACUGCAGUACCUGUACUUCCUGACCCAGAUCCCGAUCGCUAUGUCCCCCCUCAGCAACAACAGCCUGUUCCUAGAGUACGCCAAGAAUCCUCUGCUGGAGUUCCAAAAGAAAGGCCUGGUCGUGUCUUUGUCCACCGACGACCCCAUGCAGUUCCACUACACAAAGGAGCCCCUUAUGGAGGAGUACGCCAUUGCAGCCCAGGUCUUUAAGCUCAGUACCUGUGACAUGUGUGAGAUUGCCAGGAACAGCGUGCUGCAGAGCAGCCUGUCUCAUGAGGAGAAGCUCCACUUUCUGGGACAGGCCUACCUGAAGGAAGGCCCAGAGGGCAACGACAUCCGUAAGACUAAUGUGGCCCAGAUCCGUAUGGCGUACCGCUAUGAGACCCUGUGCUAUGAGCUCAACCUCAUCAAGGAAGGCCUGAAGACGGAAUAAACUCAUAUUCUACUACUCAACUCAUAUACAUGACAUCCAGCUAAUUUCUUCAGUAGCUACAUUUGUUUUUCACAGUAACUCUUAAUUGAACAAGCCCUAAAGGAACCAGCCUUCUAACUGAUGUUCUCUCCUUUGGAAAAAGAAACAUGAUUUGUAUAAUUGUCAUGUACAAUACAGUACAGAGUGUGCACUCCAUAUUUGAAAACAUCAUGUAUAAGAUUGAAAAGAAAUAAAAUGCGAAAAAAUA